CAAAUCUCUAGCCUCUCGUUUCAUGAUUCAUUAACUAAAAUUAAACAAAAUCCGUAUUUCCCUUUUUACAAAGUCUUCACCCUAAACCGAAAGUAACGCUCGAACCAAGCCAUAACCAAAAAACCAAAUCGAAUUAAAUUAAAUCCAAAAUCAAUCUCUUAAUUAACUGUUCAACCCAUUAAACUAAACAUUUUUCAUAGCCAUGGACUCCACCCUUCCCCUUUCUCAAUCCCCCACUGACACUGCUUCUAAGCUCCCUAUCAAACGCAAAACAACCGACGACCCAUUUAUCUCCUCCACCGCAACCGGUUCGGACCCGGAAAAACCGCCACCAUUUAAAUUCCACCGAAUUUGGACUGAACCGGAUGAGAUCCGGUUUUUACAAGGUCUUCUUGAUGAUGGUUCCCUCUUAUUCCCUCGUGAUCUUAAUAUUUUUUAUACUCGGUUUUCAAAUACCAUGUCGCAGCCUUAUACGAAAUCUCAACUUUCUGAGAAAUUACGUAGGUUGAGGAAGAAGUUUUGGGUGAUUUAUUCUCGUCUGUCCAAAGGGUUAGAUAUGUCAUUGUUGUCGCCACAUGAUCGUGCUUUGUAUGAUCUUUCGAGACAGCUUUGGCACCCUGAUUUUGCUCAUACGUCGCCGUUUAACGCUGGCAAGUCGAAAAAAUCCAACUUGGUUGGUGUUAAAGUUAGCCUUUUGCCCACCAUCCCUUCUGCUCCUGGCCCGGGUCAAGGCCUCAAUCAAUAUGAUACAGGCCCGGGCCAAGGGAGCUUUUUGCCCAAUGCUCCUUAUGUUUCAGGCCCUGACCGGAACAAGGGUUCAGGCCAAGACCCGAAUCAAGAUGGUACAGUUCCUUACCAAGACAAACUCUCAAUGGAUACUGACCCUUUGUCCGUUGGGAAUAGUAAUAGAAUAACAGGGAAAGACCCGACCCAUGACGGAGUUUCAGUGAGUAAGGAGAAUGUUGAAGUGGGAGAGGUAAAUAAUGAGAACAAUGAUGAAAUUGGUGAGUUUUGUGAUGAAGAUGGAAAGUUGAGUGAGGUGAAUGUGGUAUUCGAAAGCGGGGAUGUGGGGGAUAAACAAGUCAGGUGUAGUUGUUUGGAUGGUCCGGUUCGGGUUGGGAUAGGAUGUGGUAUUGGGGAGAUUGCUGCAAAAGUGGUGAUGGAUGUGUUUGAUGAGUGUUUGAAAGAUUAUAAGAAUGGUGGUUUUUUGAAAGAGGAAAAUUUGGACAAGUUUGAGGAGAGGUGGAAGGAACAAAGAGUUGCAGAGUUGGAUGUAUUGGCGCGUCGUUUGAGGUUGGUGCUCGAGCAAUCUCUUCAAAGUUAAUGAGUAAAUGUAUUACUUGUAUAUGGAAUUUUCUGCUAACUUUUUUUAGUCUGAGUUUAGAUUAGAUAUCCUUAGAAGUUUUUCCCAUAUUGUAGUAUUACUACUUUUUGUUGAAGAAAUUUUGUAAAAUGUUAGCAAAGAAGAUAUUUCCUUGA